AUGGACCCAUACGACAGCGAUUCCUCGGGUUUAGAGGAUGCGGGGGACUAUACUGAGACCGGAGUACUUCUGGGCUAUUCGAGCACAGAGCCAACCGACGAUACAAUUAGCCAUAUCGGUGGAUGGCCGACAUGGUUCGACGAUAAUACCCCUCCAGGAGACUUGGCCAAGUGCAAAGUUUGCAACAAUCCAAUGCUCCUACUUCUCCAAUUAAACGGUGAUUUGCCUGAAAGGUUUCCGGAUGACGAGCGACGGUUAUACAUAUUCGGAUGCCCGCGGAAGGCCUGCAGUCGCAAAUCAGGCAGCAUUAGGGCUCUGCGGGGGGUACGAAAAAUGAAAACUCAAGCUGCAAAGCCAAAAAAACAAGAUGACACGCCAAAAAAUGACGAUACUAGCGAGGAACCUACCAAAAAUCAAGACCUCGGCGCGGCGCUUUUUGGUGCACCAUCCCAAAGUGGAGGCUUAUCGUCAAAUGCGAAUCCUUUUUCCACAUCUUCGGGGCCUGCAACACAGAACAUUAACCCAUUCGCACCACUACCGCCUACCUCUACUUUAGCAGCAAAGCCUCCACAGAACCCAGCAGACAACUUACCAGAAACAUUUGCCGCAAAAGCGCGAAUUUCAACACCCGAGUCUUCUACGUCGCAAUCUCCGGUUGUUUCAGGACCAGCUCUUCCAUGGCCCGAAAUGUCUGCUUUUCCAUCUCCGUAUACGGAAUACUACUUGGAUGCCGACUAUGAAACUCUAUCGCGUCCAUCAACACCUCCAAUAUCAACUAAUACCACUGUGGAGAAUGUAGACGAAGAAGGAGGAGGUGCUACCGAUGUUAAAGAUGCCUUCGAGUCUUCCAUGGAUAAAGCAUUUCUUCGUUUCUCGACCAGAUUGGGCCACAAUCCAGAACAAGUACUACGGUAUGAGUUUGCUGGCACGCCGCUGUUGUAUAGUAGCUCAGAUGCCGUGGCAAAACUUUUUCCGUCCAACCAAUCUCAGGGACGGGGUGUGCAGCUUACUUCAGGUGGUGGCACAACUAAUUUGAUGCCGCGCUGUCCUUCAUGCGGCAGGGAACGUCUAUUUGAGCUACAGCUUGUUCCACAUACUAUCACUGCUCUUGAAGACGGCCGGGAGGGUAUUGGUCUAGGCAAAAAUGAUGCCGGUAUGGAAUGGGGAACGAUCAUCCUGGGCGUGUGUGCUGCGAACUGCGGCGCCGUAAAGGAAAAGGAAGUAGGCUGGAAAGAGGAAUGGGUUGGGGUGCAAUGGGAAGAGAUGAAAUAG